AUGGCUCUAAGAUGUUCCUGCAGAACCAGAACCAGAACCAGAACCAGAACCAGAACCAGAACCAGAACCAGAACCAGAAGAACCCAAAGAAACCUCAGUCCAGAGUGUAGAGCCAAAACAUCAUCAGCAAACCCAAAUCCAGAACCAGGAAUCUGCAGCACAGCCGGUCAAAGAAACCAUCCCAGUGUCGAUAACCUCCUCGCCAGUGGAACCAGUUCAGACAGCUGCACCAACACCAGUCCCAGUUCCCCCAGUUCUCCCAGUUCUCCCAGUUCUCCAGUUCUCCCAGUUCCCCCAGUUCUCUCCUCCUCCUCCUCUUCCUCCUUCUCCUCCUCUUCCUUCUCCUCUUCCUCCUCCUCCUCCUCCUCCUCAAAGAACAGAAAGAAGAAGAAGAAGAAGAAGAAGAAGAAGAAGAAGAAGAAGAAGAAGAAGAAGAAGGUGAAGAGAAAA